AUAAGUUUUAUAAUUAUGGUAUGGAGUUGUGCUUGUACAGAUAAUUUUACCGAUUUACUGUCGCUGUUAAGCAUGUGGGAAGUCCGUGAAAGAUACCAGUUUGAACGAAUUCACCAGGACGGGAUUAAUUAACGCUAUUGAAAAUGGAGUUGAAGCUGGAGGUCAUGUUGUCCUCAAGCAUCAAAAGGAAGAAACCAUGGCCACGAUUCUGCUGGCUUGGACAGGAGAAAGAGUCGGUUUUCCUGUUGGAUGACAAGAGGAUCAGUGAGAUCAACAUGGUGUCUGGCAGCACCAAGAAGAGGACCCCUAAACUUUAUCCUUUGCUCAAUCGUGUGGUGACAAUGGCUGCAUCCCAAAAUGGCGUGUGGCUUUCUGGACUGCUUGUCUCGGGGGAGCUGUUUCUGUGGAACAGGGAUAAAGACUCAUUAAAGACUUCUGCUACAGUUCCUGAAGUAGCUCAGUUGAUCAAUACUGUUCAAGGGAAUGGCACACGUCUAUCCCUCCACGUGUCAGGGGAUGGAAUGCGUGUACUGUUGGUGGCUCUAACAGGGCAGGUGUUUUUGUGGGAGUGUUUGGAUGUAAGGGACUUGACAGGGACACAACAUGGCACUGCCAGGGGAAAUUGGACACAGGUACAGCCACAUGAAGAUGCACCUUUGCCUUCUUCACGAGAUAAAGAUGCAUCCCAGCACAGCAUCUUUGUCAAGACAGAGGCUAUGGGGGAUACCUGCUUAUCAGCAUUUGUUUUCAUAUCUGGGGAUAAUCUGAGAACCACUUUCCUGAAAAUUCAAUGGGGUGAAGUCCAUGUAAACAUUUUUGGUUCUUUGAGAUAUAGCAUACGAUGGGCCAGCAAGACAUAUCCUUUGUCUCGCCUCACUCCACCCUGUAAACCUGUGAAGUCCAGAGGGGCACUUUUGACAGCUUUCUCCCCUGAUGGUCACCUAUUAGCCAUUGUUUUGAACCAGAGAGAUCCCAGGGCUACACAAGUUCUUUUCGUCAGCAUACAGAAUUUUGUCUCCAUAUCCAGGGGGUUGGGAGGGUGUGGGAGCAAGAAAUUGGAUAUCCCUUCAAAAUACAUAAGAUCCUACUGGGUUGGCAGUCUGAGCUGGGCACCAGGUGGGCUUUUCCUGGCAUGUGUACUAAAGAGAGGUUCACUUCUUAUGCUGGCUCGUCUCGGGGGCCUUCUCUCGUUGUCAAGUUUUGGUUGCAAUGUUGACUUCGGGCCUGCGCACUUCUUACCACUUCAUCCUCUGGUUACCUACAGGCCACCAGUGUCUGUAAGAACAGGGGAGGCCUCUCUGUCCAGCUCUAGUAUGUCCAUGCGAGAUGUCCUAAGACAGCGCUACUCUGUGACCUGGCAUCCACGGCUAUUCUACUUCAUCGUGUCUGAUGGCUACAUGGCCACCAUUUUGAGGGUGCCAGAGACGCCCUCUCCUGCCCUCGUGAUUAAGGAUAUGUUACAGAACGUCAGCAAAAAGUUUGAGCUUAUCAGCCAAAUACUGGAUACAUCACAGAUUCAUGCAAGGGCAUGGUUGGAGUUUGUGUCUUGUCUGAACCUGGGUAGCAUCAUGGAGGAGCUCAGACCCAUUGUUCCAUCUGUGCCCAACACUACAGACUACGGACAGACAGUUGGCUCUACUCUCCCCAUGUUCUUGAAGGACCAGGGGUCCAUGGAUGACACCAGGGAGCUUCCUCACAAAAUACAGGCUUGUCUUGAGAAUGACUCUGACGUAGAUGGACUGCCUGGUGGUUUCCAUGUGGAGGAUGGUGGUCAUCUGGAGUUUGCCUCAAUGUUUGACACACUCUAUGCCCAAUCAGAUGCUGAAUCUGAGCCAGGCCUUACUCUAAACCCAGACCCUAAGAAGAACUCAUACUGUGUUGAGUCAGAGAGGAAAACCCCUAUGGUUUUGUGUGAACUUGGACAGAUUCAGGGUAGUUUGUUAACAGCCUGGGCUCUGGGUUUGUCUCUAGGUGGUGCUGUGGAAAAAAGGGAGCGCCUGCUAAAAUACACUCUCCACUGUGUGAUACGAUUUGCUGCUUUGCUCCAUUUUAUCCCAGCAUCCAUGAUUUACAGGGAGAAAAAGAACAUUUCUCUUUCCUCUUGCCCUCUGCAUCUUCUUAGGGCCAUGCUCUCUUUUCUUCCCUGGGAUGCCAGCCACUCAGUUGGUUCAGGCUGCCUGGGUUUGGUGGUAGAGCUCGCUCAUCAGAUGGUGCGCCUGCUGCUGUACCCUAAGCCAUCCCAUCCUGGUUACUCUAGCUGUCAGUUAUACUCUCAGACCAUGUCCACAGCCCUGGCUGUCCUGAAGCUGACCUCUGACUGUCUCGAUCACACCUACAGUCUACAGCAAAGAACUUGCUGGGACUCUACACAGCAAGAAUCUGUCUCCCAGCCACCGCAGCUCUGGCCCUCUGAUAGAUACUCUAUACCUCUGCUAAAGAAAGAAAAGGAAGGGAAAACUAGCCUUCUACAUCAGGCAAUGCCUGUCCCUCAGCGGCCAUCUAAUAGACUGCUUGGAGUCUGGCAGUGGAUGUACAAGAUAACUCAGCAGUACAUGGAAGAACUGAAAGGUUUUAUAGGCUGUGAUGGAUGGGAGAAGGAACAGGACAGAGUGUGUGCCAUACUGUCCCAAAUCCAGACAGCUCUACAAUGCACAGGAAAGAGGCUUGAAGAGGGUCCUGCACUGCUCAGUUAUCCAGGAGAAUAUUACUUCCUUUUUGGGUCAUACUCAAAGAGUACCGCUGCCUGGAGAUCAGAAAUGUGGGCAAAGAAAAAAAAAUGUAAUCGCAGUGUGUUCCAGGAGAUACGACUGUACCUGGCCCUUCUGUAUGGAUUUUUGUUUCGGUACCAGUUGCGAGAGGCUCAGGGACUUGGGGACCACAUGGCACGCCUCAUACUGCACAGGGCAGGAGAACAACACGACCAGGAGAACAACAUGACUUCCACAAAAGCGCAAGAUCUUUUUGGCUCCUGGCUUCCAGUGGACCUCUGCACUGAGGCAGCCUUUGCUGUGGUUCAGACUCUGGGGAGAUUUAUGGCCUCUUACUUCACUAACCAACCCAUCUACAUCCUGCCACCACACAGUGUGGAUGUCCUGCCUCCACUUCAUCUUUCCCAUGUCCCUAGCCUUGGACGCUUGGUGCCCCUGUGCCAGGAGGGGAUUACAAGAGCAGUGCGUGGGCAGCAGUUGUCAGAGCUAUGGACAGUAGAUUAUGCCUUGGACUUGCUACUGCUGGGGGGAUUGCUGCCUGAGGCUGUUUGGCUGGCCAACUGUCUUGGUGACUGGAAGGCUGCAGCCUCUAUGAGCCUUGCCUAUACAAGUUAUUCCACUGAGCACUUUGACUUCACUCGGCUUAAGUGCAGAGAGCUGCAUCUUCCACCAGCCUUAGAGCCGGGGAGCAUCUUCCAGUUUCAGCUGGAAUCUCUACUCACAAGAAAGGUUGGCACAAAAGAAACUGAACAAGACAAGAGCAAAAGCUUCACAGGUUCUUUGGAGGGAGAAGAUUUGGAGUUAUUACAGAUUUCUGUACAAGAGAUUUUGAAGGCUGCAGUUAUGGCAGAUGUGGAUGUUAUUUCUUUGCCCCUCUCUGCCUUGUUGGACUCAGCUAAAGACCUUGCCUCUAGCCUGCCUGCCUUGGUGCCCACUGAACUGUAUCUUCCCUCUCCUCCUCUCUACUGUCCCCAGACUGCCCCCAAUACACAGGAUCCUGUAGGCACAUUUGAAAAGCUUUCAGAAAUUGCAUCACGGCACAAAGUGUCCAGGGUUCUCCAAAGACUGUUGUUGCUUCUGAGAUCUGCUCAUUGCUGUCGUCCUGCUGCCCAGUGGUAUACUAGUCAUCUGCGCCAUGCCAGACAUUUGCAACACAAGAUAAAACAAAGAUACUCCCGUCCUUAUGCUGCUCAAGAAGAGAGGGUUUUCCCGGAAGGCUUGAUGAAGUUUAUCACCCAGUUUGGAUCAUUCAGACGAGGACCUGAUAUUGACAGUCAACUUGACCCUUUCAGCAUUCGAACUAUUGUCUGUUUCAGGGAGCUAUGUGGUCUGUGCUGGAUGCUCCAUGUCAGGGACCAGCUCUCAUUGUCUUGCAGGAAGUAUCAGGCUGCCAGACACUAUGGAGGAGAUGGGCAGAAACCUGGUGACUCUGAAGUAACAAUUCUCUGCUUGGAUGCUCUACUGUGGGCCUGCCGUUUCCUGCCUUUCUCUCACUUCCUCAACAUCGAGGAGAUCCUCCAGGACAUACUGCUAAGCCUUAUGUCUGAGUUACCUCCCAUCUCCAUGGUUGCAGAGACCCUGGUACGGGCCUUUCCACAAGAGGAGGAAUCGGUUCGAGUGUCUUUGAGAGAAAAGUACAGCUCACUGCUGCAGAGGCUGAGGCAUUGCACUGUCCUUGAUGGGGAAAAGGAGGAGAAAACUGAGAUGAUGAUUCUCAUUCGAGACAAACUCAGACAGAGGAGAAAGAACUUGCUGUGUCUGAAGAGGCAUCUGGCACCCCCUGAAAUCUACCUUUGGGAACGAGAGGAGGAGGAGGAGGACAGAGAAGGUAGCCAAAAGACUGCCAUGGUAGGGCAGCUCUCAGUGGGUGCAAGCCAGAGUAACAACACUCUGACUGACUAUGGACAUCCUCUGGUAUACAGUGAUGGAGACACCGCCGAAAACAUAUCAGAAGCUCUCUCUCCUGAUCUGCCAUGCAGAACCUUAACCAGCAGCAAAAGGGUUCAAGACAGGGUACAAGACGGGGUAAUUGCAAGGAGGAAAACUGUUGGGAUGAAUAAGCUCAUCCAGGAGGAGAGCGAUAGUGGCUCAGGCCCAGACAAGGAGCCGAAAGUGAAAUGUAAUAUGGAAGAGCCUUCCCUGCCUUUGGUUGGGACUUGGGAAUUUGAGUUGGAAGAUGAGGAAUACCUUGUUUUUUUGGAGCUGUUUCUCAGCUACAUUUUAGAGAAAGAUGGCCCAGAUGGAGGGGAUUCGGGUUGUGAGCUUCCUCUGUUGAAAGGUUUUAGCUCACAGCUGAGGGAGAGAGAGCUACAUUCCUCUGCAUUUGAUGUACUCACCACUCUUCGCCGUCGUCAGAAAGAUGGGCGCAAUCCAACAAGAAGGCAUGGGGCCUGUGAUGCCCCAAAAUUCAGGGCUGGAUGCUGCUUUAAGCCUAUCCAAGAAGGUACCACACCGGAGGAUCAAACAUCCCCAGUCUGGUGUGAAGCCCCCAUAUCCAAACCUAGCAUUUCUGUGGAUUCUCUUCCUGGGCUGAGCGCUGGUAAGGGUUUGUUUGGCCUUCGUAGACAGCCUAGCCUAGCCCCAGAGUCAAAAACGAGGGGAGGCCACCUGGCCACUGAGGUUAGCCGUCCUUGUAGUGCUGUUUUCUGCCAGCAACCAAUAGAGCUCUUGCCGUUUGGUUUCCUAGCUUCAACGGAUUCCCUCAUGGAACUGCAUCAGAACCUGGAUCCUAAACUAGAUGCUGAGUUUCCAGAGGUAGGGAGGCUGCUAGAGUGGAUGGGGCGCUGGGCUGAUAGGAAGGUACUGCUAAGAAAUCAUAACAAGAAGAAGGAGAAGCAGAGGGGAGCAGGAGAUGGAAGGACAAGUGUCGGGGGAGUGGUGAUACGGGUCAAAGCCACUGCACCUGCUGUUCUUACAGCCCUCAGCUUACUAGAACGUAGAUAUGCUUCUGCCUUGCUGGGAAACGACUACUAUUGCGCUCAUGUCCAGGUUCGAGAAACGCAAUGGACUGUGGCACCAGUGCUGCAACCUGGGGUUGGAUGGAAGCAUGAAACAGUGAGCAGUGUUAAUACAGGCUACCCAGGGUCAGCAAACACUCCAAUUACACCUGAUCAGAAUGCAGAGCAAGAACCAACCUUUGGAUGUCACACAUCAGAACUGGAGACAGGGAUAUCCCUGAAGCCACUUCAAGAUAACCAAGAACAAGUGAGCUUUGACUCUGACAUAGGAACUACAAGCUCACAACAGUCUUCUCUCCACAUAAUUGAGGUUUCACCUGAAAUAGAGGACCACAGCAGUGGCAGUGAGGGUUUGAGAAUGGCAUCUUCUCGCUCUGUUGAACAAAUCUCUGGUCCCCUAUGUUCACCUGAACUGGUUUUCAAACCUCCAGACCUGAGCUGUUCAGAUAAUAAUGAAGUCAUCUCCACCGCUAUCUUUCAAAGCUGCAAUGGAAGUGCAGACUCAGAAGUCCCUCCACAAUUUGAUCCCUCUUCUCUCCCCAUUGUGGAUUCUGUGCCUGGAACACACACAGAACUCUCAAGCCCAACUAGGUUGCAACUUCAUGAUAGUACAACAAAGGAUUUUCCAGGCCUUCAGCCUACAAGUUCCCCAGCCACGGCUCCCACUGUGGUUUCUAGUGCUUCCAACCAGCAGUCAACCACCCUGACAGAUUCUGUCAGACAUCGUAUGAAUGACGAAUUAUUCAGAUUGGUCCAGUUGCAGCACAUGAGCCUGAUGCACAUGAUGGGACCCUCCUUUGCCAACUUUCACUCUGUUCAGUUGAAUACAUUCCUGGCCCAGCCCAACUUGAGGCCCUCAAAUGUUGAUGUGCCAUCUUCCCCAAAUUCCACCAGUUUCCCCUCUCAGCAAAAUAUUUUACCCUCCCACACCAACAUGUCUGUGCAACCAGAGAGACAGGCUGUUUUCCCACUGGCUGGAUCUGAUAAAUCCUUUUCCAAUCCAGCCCCUGAAUACAGUCACACAGACCAACCUCUUAACCAGAGUACAGUGAAAAUUUCUCCAGCCAGAUCUCUUGAGCCACCUCCCAGGAAUCUACACACCACCGUGAGCAAUGUCACAGUAAAUUCUCAGGAAAUGCAGCCAUUGUCUGUCCAGGCAGAAUCCCAAGGGAACCCCACAGGGGAGAUCCAAAAGUCGAUUCCAUCCUCGCAGGGGCUUCUGACCACUAUAGAUCGCACUGUGCCCAUUUCCAGCACCCCUUUGGCAAUGCUGACUGGUGGUAACUCAGAGCAUAUCCCUACUUGCCAGAGCUCAGGGAUAAAGUUGCUUCAACUCUGCCCCCCUUUGUUGCCCCACUUGCAGGCAACCAGCUACUCUUCUGUCCAAGAAGCUUGGGGCCCUCAGGCUGAAAACACUGGCACUACAAGUCCCGAUCACCCUGACCUUAAACAGUGGGAUCAAAUUGCCUUAAACAAGGCAGAAAAAGAGGUGACACCGAGGGAAUCCUCAAUUCUUCCAAGGCAUCUCAGUACAAGCUUGAACACAAACAUUCCACAUCACCUCGUCUCAAGGAAUACUCAGCCCCAGACUCAUAAGUCAGGUCCCCAUUUAGAACAAUCCAAAAGGCCAGAAUUCCCUCUGCUCCUCUCCGUUCUCCCAGCCCACAGACCUCCAUCAGCACAGGGCCUCCACCUUAAACACCCUUACUCCAUGCCACAAAGCUCUACCAUUUUACCCCAGCUGUAUUCACCGCCUUCCAACAGACCCUCUACUGACAUUGUGGUCCCUGUGGGAGACACUUCUAGCAUCCGGCUUCUACAUAUAGACCCUGAACCACAAAUGAUGUUGCCCCUUGCUGCUCCUCAAAACCAAAAAACGUGUCACAUCCCUGUGGAGGUGCUGACUGGUUUAUCUGUUGGAAGGCAAAAUGCUGAAGAAGCAGGGCUACAACUGUUAAGAGCAGACCUGUUGACUUCGAGCUCCAACAAAGCUAUACCAUCUAUCAGUUCUAAUAUGAGCAAAAGGCAAAGGAGAAGAGAUAAGACAAGGAAGACAGGAGAAAGAGAAGAGGUCACAUUCAGACGUAAUGAGUCCAUCAUCCUUACUGAAGAGCCAACAGAUCUGGCUGUAAAUGAGGAGCCUGUCACCGAAGAUGAAGUGGCCACUGUUGAACAGGGCUUCGUCCUUCCACUUGGGUCAUCUGAUUCUUUGUUGACUGGCCAGAGAUUAUUGGACCAGGCGGUGUCCACUUCAGCUGAGCUCCAUGCCUUUGCCUCCACACAGAAGAGACCCCCACUCCGUCAUGACGCUUCCACCAAUACAGAUCCCAAUAAAGCUUUACCAGCCAAAGCGCCUGAGAUUCCUAUAAGCCUUGAAUCACAAAGCACUGCUUCAGUUCCCCCUUCGAAUCUGUUGUUGAAUCAUCAGUUUUCUGAAGAGCCCCCUGUCCAAAAUACAGAAGAGAUCUCACAACAAGAAGAAAAAAUUUGGGUUCUGGAGGGCCGCCAGUUCAUCAAUGUAACUGACCUGGAGGGUCAGGCCCUGAGUCAGGAACUGCCAUCGUGCCUUAGCCCAACAACACAAGAUAUCCUUGUUUCCCUGCCCUCUUCCCCUACUUCAGCACAGCUUCAUUUAAUUGCUGCCACUGUCUGUAACGCUGCCCCGACUGCAUCAUACACGUCGGACACAGUUACAGAGAAUGGUCUGAAAACUUUAAUGCACCCUGGUCUCGAUGAAAAAUCUUCUCUGCCUACCCACACUGAACCCAAAGGCGAUCCGGUGACAGUCACUUUGCUAUAUGGCAAGGCAAGCCCAUCUGAGUCCUUUGGAGUCCAAAAGACCCCAAGUCCUGGGUCCUGUAGUGCCUUCUCCGUUGCCCCAACAGCACAGUUUUCUGCCCGCCUGUCAGAAAUGGAUGCCCAAUUGACUGUUCUGCAAAACAUUGCAGACCAUAUGGAGAUUGAGUUUGCCAACUCCAGGAAGUUAGUAAACACAAUUGAAACACUCUCCCCAUUCUUGACACCUGAUGUGGAAGACACACUGGCACUGAACAAAACAGUCAGCAUAUCUGUCCCAGAAAAAGUUUGGAGACCACAAUCUUUCACUUUAACGCAAUCAAAUGCCCAUAGAAAGGAUGAAGAGAAACAGGAAGAGAACCAUGCUGUUCACAGUGACCAUUCUAUUUCUGAAAGACAGCCAACCUUUCUCUCCCCUCAAUCUGCCACCACUCGGAGAACUUCACCCUUCAGUCUUCAUACCCCCUUAAAGAUGAAAGGUCCUUCAGCAGAGGCAGCUGGAACAUCUGGAAUAUUGGGAUGUAAGACUUCAGGGCUGAACGAUACGGCAGACAUCUUAUGGGAGUUGGUGAGGGAAGGGGCUUUAUCCCCUACUGAUCUGGAAUUGUCCCAUUCCGAGACUGUCAACCUUAGCUGCAGGCAGGACCCGCAACAAAGAAGAUGUACAUUGCAGCGACCGAUCCUCUCAGGAGAUGAGCGGAGACAGUCAAGGAUGUGGAUGAGAAGGGAAAGAACGGCAGAUUACCACAAACAGAGACCGGGGUUGAGGCAGAAGGAGUACAGACCUUACGCUGUCUGUGUUCCAUCAAAAUCAACACACAAAAGCAAAUCUGCUAUUGGGAAGCUCAAAAAGGAAAAAGACAAGGUAACACUUCUGGAGCAGUAUAACCGGAGGACCCAUGAAGCUUGUGCUUUGAUCAGUGACCCUCCCCCCAGGCCUGUUAACCUUCGUAGCUUGUCACAGGCCAAACAUAGUCCAGCACCCUCAUCUACACGGCCCUCCACAGCUCAGACUUCUGAAAGUGUUAACAGGAUCUGUACAGGAUCUGCUGAUGAAAACAGGAGGUGUCCUAAGUUCCGGUCAGAACAAGCUGGCCUCCACUUUUGCCCCCAAGCAAACUCUAAAAAAAAGAAAAGUCAUUUUUCUUUGGAGAGCGAUCUCGGGAGAUUUGGACUACACAGACCAGUGAGUUCUCUGCCAAGGGACCGUUUAUCACAGGUGACGAGACGUGGUAUGCUCAGUGUCAUGAAGAACAAGAUUAAACCACACACAACCAACCAGGUUGAGGAACGUCAACACAUACACAGUGAGACAAUGGACCUGAGCAAGUAUCCAUCUGGAAGCAGUGUUCAAAGAAGAGCAGUGAAGAGUGAACUGUGGGAGGGUAUAGCUGGGCUAUUGGAUGACCAGGAAGAUGGCGCCAGAGCUGCUGCAACUGGAAUGGAUUGGUUGGAGGACCUGUCUGGUAGUGCUAGCACCAGCCUCGACUGGGCUGCUGUUGAGAGCAUGUUGGCUUCUGAAGGUGCUGUUUGAUCAGCAAUUUGAUGGACUAUACUGUCCUAAAGCCAAGAGAAACUGGGCCAAUUCCAUGCUUUAAUGGAAGGCUUUACUUGUGUGCCUAAUUAAUGCAAUCCUAAUUGCAGGUUGUUUAAUAAUACAAAACUUUUAGAACUGUCUGACGUCACAAAUUAAACUGUAUUUGUAAUAUAAACAGAAUUUUGUAAUGUCCUCAGAUUUUCUGCUGUAUUUUUUUGAGUGAGAAUAAAUAUUUCCAUAUGAAAUCAUUAAAUUAUCAUAAGAAUAAAUCUUAA